GAACUAGGGAGACCUCACCCUCCAACCAAGCUGGCUGAGCUAUUUAAUCAAUGCUGAUCCAAGAACAGGAGCAGAACCCUGCCUAGAGACCCCGAGGGUUUACUUCGGUGCCACUGACCCGAAUGGUGCUUGACUGACUCUUCCAAGCCUGUGGUUCUCCAGUCUCAUUGCUUGUGCCCUUGAGCCUCAUUUCUAGACCCAAGAAAGAGUGUAUAUGAGCCUGAUGCCGGAUGGCCAACCCCACAUGGAGGCUCAGGAUGCAGAGGAGGGCCCAGGACCUGGGAUCUUCAAAGCAAAGCUGAGAGACCCACUGCGGAGGCCCGAGGCCCAGCAGCAACCCAGCUCUCGGGCGGGGCACCGGUGCUCAGGGUGGCACUGCUGUGCAGGGCUGGGAGCCCUGGCGCUGCUGGCUGGUGUGAGCGUCGGCUCCUGGCUUCUCGUGCUGUAUGUGUGGCCAGCGGCCUCUCAGCCUGCUGCCGGACCCUUGCAGGAUGAGGAGAUCCCUUUGAGCUGCUCCGGGGCCAGCGGUGAGGAAGCCUUACUCCCCGUGCUUCCCAGAGCAGUAUCUUUCAGAAUAAACACUGAGGACUUCUUGCUGGAAGUACAGGUGAGGGCACAGCCAGACUGGCUCCUGGUCUGCCACGAGGGCUGGAGCUCUGCCCUGGGGGUGCGGAUCUGCCAGAGCCUUGGGCAUCUCAGACUCACUCACCACAAGGGAGUGAACCUGUCUGAUAUCAAGCUCAACAGCUCCCGGGGGUUUGCUCAGCUCCCUCCCAGACUGGAAGGCCUCCUGGAGGAGGUGUGGCUGCCCAGGAACAGCUGUGCUUCCGGCCAGAUCGUUUCCCUCAGAUGCUCUGAGUGUGGGGCCGGGCCCCUGGCCUCCCGGAUAGUCGGCGGGCAGGCUGUGGCUCCUGGGCGCUGGCCCUGGCAGGCCAGUGUGGCCCUGGGCUCCCGGCACACGUGCGGGGGCUCUGUGCUAGCCCCGCACUGGGUGGUGACGGCCGCUCACUGUGUGCACAGUUUUAGGCUAUCCCGCCUGUCCAGCUGGCGGGUCCAUGUGGGGCUGGUCAGACACAGUGCCGUCAGGCCCCACCAGGGGGCUGUGGUGGAGAGGAUCAUCCCUCACCCUCUCUACAUCACCCAGAAUCACGACUACGACAUCGCCCUCCUGCGGCUCCGGACGCCGCUCAACUUCUCAGAUAGCGUGGGUGCUGUGUGCCUGCCAGCCGAGAAGCAAGAUUUUCCAAGAGGCUCGCGGUGCUGGGUGUCUGGCUGGGGCCACACCGACCCCAGCCACACCCACAACUCAGAUACGCUCCAGGACACGGUGGUGCCCCUGCUCAGCACCCAGCUCUGCAACAGCUCUUGCAUGUAUAGUGGGGCACUCACGCCCCGCAUGCUGUGUGCUGGCUACAUGGACGGGAGGGCUGAUGCGUGCCAGGGUGAUAGUGGGGGCCCCCUGGUGUGCCUGGACGUGGGCACCUGGCACUUGGUGGGGGUGGUCAGCUGGGGCCGUGGCUGUGCCGAGCCCAAUCACCCAGGCGUCUACGCCAAGGUUGCUGAGUUCCUGGACUGGAUCCAUGACACUGCAAGGAUCCCUGCUGAGAGUGAUAACAGAAGUUCCAACAAUCUUCAGGGACAAGGAGACCUUGCAAGUGAGCUCUCUGAAUGCGACUGCAGAGCACGUACAGUGGACAGAGGAACCAGUACCAUUCCUCCAGGACAGGAGGAACAGUCGGUGCGUGGGGUGCAGUUGGAGCGAGCGUGUGCAGUGGCCCGUCCUGCAGCUGCGCAGGUGGACAUGAGCACCCCCCCCCGCCCCCACGAGGAAGCCAUCCCACCAGUGGUCGUGCUUUGUAGCGUGGGCUCCAACAGGACCACUGGCUGAAGACGGCUGCCUAAGGAACACUCGAGCAGGAAUUGCAGAAGACCAUGAGAACUACUUGCCUCGUGGCCUUCUUGAUCAAGUCAGCAAGCCGCCUGGAGCUAAUCAAAAUUCUGUCAGAGCGCUUUGAGCGUCUCCAGUACUUCGGGAACCAGUAUGAAGAAGAAAGCACGCAUUUCAUUCUGGCUUUUCAUUUGUUGGGGAUAAAUAUUAUUCACGAAGGUUUUGUUUGCAGAGCUCGAGAAACUUCUAUCUUGUUGAGAAACAAAGUGUGAAAAAAUUUUUUUAAAAUGAGCCAGUUUAAUUUUUCAAGUGCAAAGUAUCGUCAUUUCCAACAUCAAGUCAUCCAAGCAGGUUUUGAUGCCAUAAUACGUGUUAACAUUAAAUCUGCGUUUAAUACACAGUCGGGCCCCAAACCACACAUGUGAGACUGGGAUGUCUUAAAAAUUCCUGAGGGGAUUCCUAAGUCAUCUGCUGUGAAAGGAAGAGUCCAGCCUUUGGUGCCAGACAGGUCUGGCUUGGAAAUCCUUGCAGGCCACUCUGUGAGCAAGCUUCUCAGCCCUGUUUGCCUCGGUUUGCCCAUCUGUAACCACAGGGCUAUAAGAAGUAAAUGAGUGUUUAUAUAAGGUGGUGGCUGAAUAGAUGGGGUCUUCCCAGGGGUGGCCAUUUAUUAGGUCUGGGCUCAACUGUCUUCCUUGAAACCAAUUUAGUUGCCUUCCCCUCACUUGCCCCAUGCGCCAAGCUGCCUGCUGACUUACUACGCUGUGUUUAUCGUGUUAAUACCCUCGUCGUGGUCCCACACGAUCUCACCCAGGCAUCUGUUUUACUGUCUGCUCCUGUAUCGGAAUGUGAGGUCUGGGGGAGAGGGUGCAGGGAGCCCUUCUGCUGUUUUCUGCACCAUUUCUUCUCCUAGGUUUAACAUAGCCUGAUAUGUAAU